CUCACAAAUCUCAUUCUUCUUUCUCCUUAUUCUCUCGCAUUCUCCAAAACACUGUCCAUUAUUGUUCCCCGCAGGAACCAAAUCUGUUCCAACCAACAACAACAACAACAACAAAAGUUGAAAUCUUUUUCAACAAUGUUGCAACAAGAGAUGUGGAAUGCUCCUCCUGGUUUCAGACCCUCCAAAUCUGCACCAUCUUCACCUGCAAAACCUCUUGGUGUUCCCAGAACUCGUUCUGAAUCUUUUCACAUCACUCAUAAGGUUCCUGUUGGUGAUUCUCCUUAUGUUAGAGCCAAAAACGUUCAGUUGGUGGAAAAGGAUCCGGAGAGAGCAAUUCCAUUGUUUUGGGCAGCGAUAAAUGCGGGAGAUAGAGUGGAUAGUGCUUUGAAAGAUAUGGCUAUUGUUAUGAAGCAACAGAAUAGGGCUGAAGAAGCUAUUGAAGCUAUUAAGUCAUUAAGAAGUAGAUGCUCAGAUCAAGCCCAAGAAUCCCUUGAUAAUAUCCUCUUGGAUCUCUAUAAGAGAUGUGGUAGACUUGAUGACCAAAUUGGUCUAUUGAGGCACAAGCUGUAUUUAAUCCAACAAGGGUUGGCUUUCAAUGGCAAGCGCACAAAGACUGCUAGAUCUCAAGGGAAGAAGUUUCAAGUCUCAGUGGAACAAGAAGCCACUAGGUUAUUGGGAAACUUAGGAUGGGCACUAAUGCAGCAAAACAACUACAUUGAAGCAGAAGAAGCCUAUCGUCGCGCACUUUGCCUAGCUCCGGACAACAACAAGAUGUGCAAUUUAGGUAUUUGUUUGAUGAAACAAGGAAGAAUAGCUGAAGCAAAAGAAACUCUCCAUAGAGUGAAACCUGCAGUUACAGAUGGACCAAGAGGCUCAGAUUCUCAUCUGAAAGCCUAUGAAAGAGCACAACAAAUGCUUAGGGAUCUCGAGUCCGAAAUGAUGAACAAAGGAGGAGUUGAUAGGAUUGAACAAAGUAGACUCUUUGAAGCUUUUCUUGGUUCUUCAUCAAUUUGGCAACCUCAGCCUUGUAAGGAUCAAAUUCACACAAGCUUGCCACCAAUUAGAACAACAUCAGCAACUCAAGAUGAAUUUGGAGAUGAAAACAUCAAUUCCAACAUAGUGAAAAAUCACAUAGCACAACCACACAAGUUUACUCCUUUGGUGAACAACUCACUCAAUGUUGCAGCUCCACCGUUUUAUGCAGCGAAACCGUCUUUGAAGGAAUCAUUGACGAAAGAAACAAAUGAGAAUUUGAAUCUCUCUGAGACACUGAAGAGAACAAGGUCUGGAAAUGCUGCAGGAUCAGUGAGAGUGAAUGAUGUGAACAGCAACAAGGUGAAUGUGGAAUUAGGUGUGCCUGUGCCUGGGAGCAAAGCUAGAAGGUUGUCAUUUGAGAAGAAUAAGUUGUGUGAUAUGUUACCUGACACUAAGGAUUUUGAAGAUGCUAUUCUUUCUGCGAUUUUUGCGCCUUCAAAUGAGUUGGAGAAUGAAAAUGCUACCACUUCUGGGAUUUUCUCGAAGAAAGUUGAUAGGAGGAGGCUUAAGGUUUUCCAAGAUAUUACACUAUCUUUGAGUCCAAAGGCAAAAGCUUGAUUGAUUUAGUUGAAAACUUCAAUUUUUGAAUAACAUAGUUUUAGAUUGGAGAUGAGCUUGGUCUCCAUUUAUUUAACUUCAUUUCAUGAAUGUCACUGCCUUAUAGCAGUUCUACUACAAGAUAGGAGUAGCUGCAUAUUGUAGUCUCUUAAUUGUCUAAUUUAAUUUUGUUAUUUGUUUAUUAUGCCUUGUACCUUGUAAAAGAGGCACAUUGACUUGAAUAAAUUGAUAUGAUAUGAGUUCCUUGGAA